AUGAAUUACUCGUUACUCCUCACAAGCCUCUUCGCAUCACAUAUACUACCGCAAGACAGCCUCUUUUCCUCCGCAUUCACAACAAAAAUGCCGGUGCUCACAGCGGAGUGGCACGAAGGCGAGAUAGCAGUGCACGAGCUGCUCAAGGUCCCGCUGCAACGCUACCCGACGGCCGCGGGGCUCCCGGCGUCAUACGGCUACCGUGUCGCGGCGGCCCCGCUGCUCGCGCUCGGCACGCUCGACGGAGAUGGCCGGCCGUGGACGACGUUGUGGGGCGGCGACGCCGGCGCCGUUGCGCGACCUGUUGCCGAGGACGUCCUGGGCGUCCGGAGCAAAGUUGACGUCGUUGAUGACCCUGUCAUCCGGGCCCUUUGGGGCGGAGAGGAGAGGGAGAUCAAGGAGGGCGAGGUGGUGCAGCCCGGCCCCGGGGGCGAAGGGAAGACGGUUUCGGGGCUCGCGAUCGAUUUGAGGACCAGGGACCGGGUCAAAAUUGCGGGGAAGAUGAUUGCCGGCGCUGUUACGACGGUGGACGGCAACGGAGGGGGUGAGCUGCAGAUCGCUGUCAAGGUUGACGAGAGCCUUGGCAACUGCCCCAAGUACCUCAACAAGAAGGAUGUUAGGGAGAGGGAGGCGGUGGUGAAGGGGAAGGUGGAGAGGGGGCUGCCACUGUCUGAUAACGCUAUCGCGGCGGUUGGGCAGGCCGAUAUGUUAUUCCUGUCCAGCAGUUACGGCGAGACUAUGGAUACGAAUCACCGCGGUGGCUCCAAAGGGUUCGUGAGAGUCAUCAGGAACGAUGAUGACGGGGUAGAGAUCAUUUACCCUGAAUUCUCUGGGAACAGGCUCUACCAGACUUUGGGUAACCUCAAGGCCAAUCCUAAAGUGGGCGUCGCGAUACCGGACUUUGACACGUCCGAUGUCCUCUACCUUACGGGAACGGCUUCGAUCCUCGUGGGACAGGAAGCUGCAGCUUAUCUGCCGCGCACCAAGCUCGCGAUCAAGAUCACCGUGACCUCGGCCGUCUUCGUCCAAUCCGGACUCCCAUUCGUCGGCGCCCCGCUGGAACCGUCACCCUACAACCCGCCUGUUCGUCACCUUUUCACCGAGCAGACGCAGCCUGGGGCAUCAUCGGCAGGAGCAGCAGGUACGGCUACUCUGAUCAACCGUGAGAUCAUCACGCCCACUAUCGCGCGCUUUACUUUCGGCCUGGAGCCUGCGGGGCGGUGGGAACCGGGACAGUACGUCACGUUGGAUUUUGCACCGGAGCUUGACGUCGGCUGGAGUCAUAUGCGAGACGACGAGCCGCAAAGCUUGAACGAUGACUUCGUGAGGACCUUUACCAUAUCCAACACUUUCGGAGGAGGGCAGAAGUUGGAGAUCACGGCGAGGAAGAAGGGGCCUGCCACAGGGUUCUUGUGGAGGUGGAACCUACGGGUGCCGCUGGAGGUACCUGUGCUCGGCUUCGGUGGUGAAGAAGCGUUCAGGAUGGGGAAAUCAGCUGGUGACGAAGUCUUCGUUGCGGCUGGCGUUGGUAUCACGCCGUUGAUGGCUCAGGCCGAAGGGGUGAUAAACUCUGGGACCGGGUUGAAGGUGUUGUGGAGUGUCAAAGGGGAGGACUUGAAGUUCGUCAAGGAGGUUCUGGACCGAAUCGAUGGGCUUGCCAAGUUGACCAGGGUGUUCGUCACCGGCCGGGUGGGUGAGACGGAAGAUGCCCUGAUCAAAGACGCCGAAGCCCUCGGUGCAGCCGUGGAAAGGAGACGGAUAGAAGAAGGUGACGUGAAAGGAACCGGAAAGAAGUACUUUCUAUGCACCGGCCCAGCCAUGUUGAAGACGUUAAAUGGCUGGUUGGAAGGGGAAGAUGUUGCCUGGGAAGACUUUGCAUAUUAA